AUGCGACGCCGACACAAUAUUACUCUAGCAACACUUGCUUGUCUCGGAACAGUGUACCUCGUUGCACAACACCGACACGAAUUUAAAGCCACACCAGAGGGUGCACACAUCAGCGGAAUUGAAAUAUUGCCGUCUGACAGGCUCACCUCCUCCCACCAAAACGAUGGUUUCGUUAUCCUGAAGGAUGAAGUAUCAAGCCAAGCAAUACCAGGAGAUGUUAGGUCGCCGCUAAAGGAAAUCGCCGCUUCCGCUAUUGGAGAGCCUAGUCUAGACCUCCAGCCGAGACCUUCCUUGGAGGAAGUCUCACCGUCAUCAAGAACAGACAGCGAACCCGAGACGAAAUAUCCUUUCCAAGACGAUUUACAGCUUGACCUACCUACCACCGUGCUUCAACGGUACUCGACACAAACGCCUCACAGUUACGACCUCGGCACCCCUGGAAACUAUGCGUACGCAACAUUUCUUGCUACUCGUAAUCCCUCUCUUAAAGAUCCCUACUUUCUCGCUAUCCAUUCGCUUAUCUAUCGGAUACUCUGGUCUUCUCAAACACGUAGCCAAAAAUACCCUCUCAUCGUCUAUGUGGCCGAGUAUGUAACAGACGAGCAGCGUGCGCUCCUUAAAGGAGCUGGUGCACUAGUACGCGAGCUAUCGCCUCUUCAAUGGGAAUGCAACGUCUCUGGCGUGCAAGACCGAUGGAAAGAUCUUUUUGCCAAGCUCAAUAUGUGGAAAGAGACAGAAUUCGAGCGCAUCCUGUUUUUGGAUGCCGAUGCGUUUCCGUUGGCGAAUAUUGAUGAGAUGUUCGACCUCGCGCCUAAGCAAGAUUGCAUACCGGAGAAACUGCAUCUUGACGACUUUCUACCCGACGGGCCAGUUUGCGAGCCUUACGUCUUCGCUGGCGUCGCGCAAGAUAUCUUCAAUGCGACAUAUCCUAACGUCAACGUCGGGUCAAUGGUCUUCACUCCCUCCUUGCGCAUGCAUGCACGACUUGUGCAGAAUUAUGUCAAGACGGAUAAUUACGAUUGCGUAAUGGCUGAGCAGGCGUUUUUAAACUGGCAGUUUGGUCCAGAGAGCGCAUACCCAGUGACAAAGUUGGAUAGACAAUGGGGUGGAUUCUUUCCUGCGGAAGACGAGGGCGAUGGAAAACUGAAGGUCGUCCAUGAGAAGCUCUGGGUUGCGAAGGAGGGAUGGAUGAAACAGGAAUGGGAGAAGGGUUGGAACGAGAUGAAUGAAUUCUAUGAGAGCGUUGAAUUUGCCAAAGCGAGAGAAGAAGAUGGUAUAAUUUCUGGAAGCGAGUAG